GAAGUUUGUGAUUCAGUGAGCAAAUUCAACUUAAGCUCUGCCUCUGCAGUGCCUGUGGCUAAACACAAUGUAUGUGUGUGUGUGUGUGUGUGUGUGUGUUCUUACAUGAAUCAGUAUGACGUUCCUAUAAUGGGUAGGAUUUUAAAACACAUUGCAUUGAGAGUAAUAAGGUGAUUACAUGGGAGAGGAGUGUGUCUGUGAAUAAAGGUGCAUGACACAUUCCAGACCUGUGUGUCAUUUCCUUGUUGUUGGCAGUUUCGGCCAGCACAGUUCAUAUUUCACACACACACACACACACACACACACACACAAACACACACACACACACACACACACACACACACACACACACACACACUGCUGCUCAAAUCUCAAGAACAUCUGUCUGCUAAAGAGAGACUGGAAAACCUGUGCAGAGUGAAAACUUGAGCUAGAGAGAAAGAAAGAGUGAGAUAGAGAGAGAGAGAGAGAGAGAGAGAGAAAGGUAAGAUGAGGCCUCCAUCACAGCUGGGCUGCGCUAUAUAGAACACGUGCGUCGGAGAAAUAGCAUUUCCUGAGGGAGGAGAGAGGAUGGAGAGAGCUGUGAGAGAGAACGAGAGCAACGAGAAGGAGGAAGGGAGAGAGGAAAGUGUGUGAAGCUGGCCCAGGCAGGCAAAGAUGGAUGUGUGUUCUGGGUGGAGGACUAGACCAAAGAGCUAAAGAGACUUUUUACCUUUGGUUAUCAACAGAAGCAGCUAUGCAGGACUCAACCUGGGAUUGUGUGGGUGCAGUAAGCCACAGGUAUGGCACUGGUCCAGUCCCUUCCAGUGACUACUGACCACCAACCUCCAGGUCUGGAGAGUCGUAGACAACGUUCCUCUCCUGUUUCAUCACCCUCCCUAGGGGCCAUGGGCUCUGUAAGCAGUAUGAUCCCCAGCCACACCGCCUACCACGGCCGGAACAACCUAGAGGUCACGGCUCAGCUCCGCCGGGGUACACCAGGCUCAGGACGACUCCUCUCUGAUUCCUCUCGUGAAGGAUUUUUUCUAAGUCAAACACCAUCAAGCAAGAGGAAGGCCAUUGCAGCUCGAGGGAAAGGAAUUGGCGGGCGAUCAUAUUCACAUGAAGAUUUGAUCACUGACUGGAAUGAUAACUGGUUGGAUUCAGGCCAGAAUGGAGGGGAGAUUGGUGUGGAUGGGCCUCCUAAACUGGUGCCUGUUUCUGGGCAGUUAGAGAGGAACGUACAGCAGGCCAUCAUCCGACCAACAGCUUUCAAGCCUGUGGUGCCAAAGAGCAGAAAUGCCAUGCAGUAUCUCUCGCCACGGCUAGGGGGAGGUUUAUCGGGGAGCCAGGGCAACAUCAGUGUACUCUCUCCAGAACAGGACACCAUCAGCCCAGUAACCACAGAACGACGUAGCUCCUACAGUGGAGCUCGAAAUGGCUUGUUCAGCCAGUCCUUCACUAUGACGGACUCGGGACGGAACUCUUUAACCAACCUGAAUGCAUACAAUGGCCCUGUUUAUAGUUUAAACCAAGCAGAAGCUAGCAAGCCUGUGCUUAGCCAUGGACACUCCAAUUCAGACAGUGGACGUUCAUCUUCUAGCAAAAGCACAGGGUCUCUUGGAGGUCGCAGUCAACCGGGUAUAUCAGACAUGGGAUCAGGUGGACCCUCUCCUCCACCAAUAGAGGCUUAUGAGGCCAUUGUGAGAGACUUGGAGGACAAAUUGAGGGAGAGAGAGCUGGAGCUGCAGCACCUGAGAGAGAACCUAGAUGAGAAUGAGGUGGCUAUUUGUCAGGUGUAUGAAGAGAAGCAGAAACGCAGUGAGCUAGAGAUGGAAGAAUUGCGACAGAGCUGUGCAACUAAAAUGCAGAAGGCCUCACAGAAGGCCCAGCGGGCACAGCAGCUCCUUCAGUUCCAGUUCUUCCAGCUUCAGCAGGAGAAAAAGAAACUGCAUGAUGAAUUUACACAAGUCCUGCAGGAACGUGAUCGGCUUGAGGAACGGUGUGCCUCCUUUGAACGGGAACACACACAACUGGGACCCAGACUGGAGGAGACCAAAUGGGAGGUAUGUCAGAAGACAGGUGAGAUCUCUUUGCUAAAACAGCAGUUGAAGGACUUGCAGGCAGAGCUGUCUCAGCGAGUGGGAGAGGUGGUGACACUACGAGGGCAGUUGCGAGAGGUGCGGGCUGAGCUUCAGAAUAGCCAGAGCCAACUGCAGGAGGCACACACACACGCACACACUCGUGCCCUCGAGCUGGAGGUGUCCGAGAACGAGCUGCAACGGCGCAAGAGCGAGAACGAGCUGCUACGAGAGAAAAUGAGCCAUUUAGAGGAGGAGGCAAUGCGUCUCCGCCAGGCUUUGAACGAAUAUGCUGAGGCUCCACCCCUCAUGCAGGAAUCAGGCUACAGAGGAGGUGCAAGGGGUGGUGCAAGUAUUGAGGAGCAAAGGCUGGGAAGUGAUAGCGAGGAGGCCAAAGGUCAGCGUGAGAGUUCCAGGCAGCAGGUGGAGAGGCUGAAAGGUGAGCUGGCUCGCCAGAAGCAGCUGGUUGAGGAUCAGGCUGCAACGUUUGAGAAUGAGCGCCACUGCUGGGAAGAGGAGAAGGACAAAGUGAUUCGUUAUCAGAAGCAGCUGCAGCAGAACUAUGUUCAGAUGUACCGGCGCAACCGUGAGCUUGAGGCAGCCCUACGCGAGCUUAGUCUCGAGUUGGAGAAACGAGAGCAAGACGACGAGAGCAGCGGCAAUGAGGUCACCUUUGACGAUGUUGCUGCAACCGAGAUAUAACACUCUACAGGCCAAAUUCAACUCAAGUUGCUCAUUCACAGUUGCAUAUUUAAUCGAUGCCCUGUUGACCCAGGCCAUCACUUUUAAUUUCAUAGCAAUAUCCAAAUACAGCUUUUACUGCUCACUGAUUGAAACACAUACAUGGGAUUCACUUGCACUAAACCGUAAAGCAGCAAUCUAUCGAUAAACGCAAAAGAAGAGUUGGAAGAAGAUCCGCAAUUGUGUUUGUCAUACCUGUAUUCUGACAAAUACCACCUUCUACACCAGGAUUGACCUAAAGUAGUCCUUGCAUACAAGGAGCUCACUGACUGGACAGUUGAAAUGCCAGAUUGUGGAAAAUGUCUAAAAAGUCUACACACCCCAGGUAAAAUGGCAGGUUUUUGUGAUGUAAAAAAAUAAAACCAAGAUAAAUCAUGUCAGAAUUCUACCUUUAUUGUAAAUAUUUAAACUAUUAAUUGAAGUGAAAAAGAAUAAUCAUUUUAGGAGAGAAAAAAAAAAGUACAAUACCCAGCUUGCAUACAUGUGCACACCCUUUUUUAACUGGGAAUGUGGCAGUGUUCAGAAUGAACCAUUCACAUUCAAACUCAUGUUUUUAUUACUAAUUGGUAUACACCUGCCAUCAAUUACAGUGACUGAUUACCCCCAAAUAAAGUACAGCUGUUCCUAUAGGAUUCUCCUGACAUCAUAUUGGUAACCUCCAACUAGAAAAACCAUGGGCUACAAAGAGCGUACAAAGCAGGUGCAGGAUCUCAUUGCUGAAAAAUAUCAAUCAGGACAGGGUUACAAAAAGAUUUACAAGGCAUUGGUUGCUCCUUGCAUGUGACGACAGUUUCCCAAAUUCUUCAUAUGUCUGGGCUGUGGGGUAGGGUGGCAAGACAGAAGCCUUUUUCAACCAAAAAAAUAAAUAAAUAAAUCAUCCAAUCUCCUGAAACCAUAUGGAAUAAUAUCUAAUGAUCCGAUGAGACCACAGUUUAAGUUUUUGGCCAUAAUACCAAAGGAUAUGUUCGGCACAAAAAAACCACAUCACAUCACGAAAAGAACACCAUCCCCACGGUGAAGCAUGUAUCAUACUUGGGGCUACUUUUCUUCAGCUGCAACUGUGGCUUUAAUCAGAUUUGAGGGAAUAAUCAAUACCUCCAAAUAACAGUCAAAUUUGGCACGAAACUUUAAAGGGGUCAUACGAUAAUUUUAAAAGUUAAUUCUUUUGUUUAUUGGGUGUAAUAGAAUAGAUUAACUUGCUUUAAUGUUCAAAAAACACAUUAUUUUUUCACAUACUCUACAUUAUUGCAGUACCUCUAUUCCCAGUCUGUCUGAAACACUCUGAGUUCCAGUUUCUCCAAAGCCCAGAGCGCUCUGAUUGGUCUGCUGACCCAUUGUGUUGUGAUUGACCAAAAACCUCAAGCGUGUGUCGGAACUGUAACGCCCCUUACCAUAAUCGUGAGCUUCAGCUUCCAAGGCUUCUAAAGCAAUUAUAAACACAGUUAAUAAUGUAGUCGGUUUUAACGUGUCAGUUCGAACCCGAGUCAGAUUCUGAAAAUGCGGACGAUCGAGCAGAUCAAGCGUAACCAUCUAUGCAAGCACGGCUUGAGCAGAAGGUUUCAUAGUUGUAAGUUUUUAUUUUGUAACUCUCCUACCUUUCGGAUACAAUGUUAUAACGGUUUAAUUUGUCUUCUUCACUGCAACAACUUUAUGUCCUGAAGUGACAACAUAUAAUAUGUUUAAAAGAAUAAAUAAAUAAAAAUAUGGUGGCAUUAUGCUGAUAUUUCAAAUUGUGAAUUUAAAUUGUGCGGAAGUGAGAUCUGGACUUCGAUCGAGGUGUUUUAGGCAGGUCUGGAGCAGUGUUCUGUGUUAGAUGGAAUAAAUCCCUUUGUGGGAGACUUUGUUGUUGUAACUUUGCAGAUCUUAUACAUGCACAAACAGAUACGUUACACACUAAAGGAAACGGAAAACAUUAAAAAGUAUGAUAUGAUCCCUUUAAGUCUUCUGCUAAAACAUUUCAAAUGAAGAGGAAUUUCACCUUUCAGCAUGACAAAGACCCAAAGCAAACCUCCAGAUCAACAAAGGAAUGGCUUCACCAAAACAAGUUCAUGGUUUUGGAAGUCCAGACCUAAAUCCAAUCAAAAAUCUGUGUGGUGACCUGAAGAGGGCUCUGCACAGGAGAUGCCCAGCCAAUCUGACAGAGUUAGAAUGCUUUUGCAAGGAAGAAUGGCAAAAUAUUGCUAAAUCAAGACGUGCCAAACUGACUGACUCUUACCCAAAAAGAGUGAAUGCUGUGAUAAAAUCUAAAGGUGCUUCAACUAAGUAUUAGUUUAGGGUGUGCACACUUAUUCAACCAGGUUAUAGUACAUUUUUUAUUUUUCGUUUCAUUCUUAUUGUUUUUCACUUUUAUUAAUAGGUGAAAAAUGUACAGUAAAGGUAGAAAAUGUUCUGACAUGAUUUAUCUUGGUUUCAUUUUUUACAUCACAAAAACCUGCCAUUUUAAUAGGGGUAUGUAGACUUUUUAGAUCCACUGUGUAGCCAAGAGAAGAGAUUUCUUAGAAUAUUGGUGAGUUAGAGGUAAUGCUUCUUCAUUGCUUCUCAAGGUCUGUUUUUGCUUUCAUUUCUAUAGAGAUAGAAACAACUUCCUGACUGUCCAAUUAGUGGAAAAUUUGAAGUACAACUAAAUUCGGUAAGCCCUUUAUCCUGGUCAGGGUCACGGUAGAGCCGGAGCCAGAGCCAAUCCCAGGAACACUGGGCACAAGGCAGGAAUACAUCCUGGAUGUCAAACCAGUUCAUCACAUGGCACCAUGCACAAACACAUUCGGCAAAUUACUCUACAAAUUCACCCUUUGCCUAUUCUAAAUUAUUAGCAAUAUAAGCAAUAUUUAUGGGCACAGAUUUCCCAGAGCCCUUUCCAUAUCCAUACCCAAUGUCCACGAGAAUGAAAUAAUAAUGACUAAAAUCAUCUUAAACGUUUUUAACUCUUUUAAUUCAACCUAAUCCCGUGUCAGCGUGACCUGAGGAUUAUCUCUAUAAUCUAACUAUAAAUAUUAUUUUUUAAAAUCAUUUUUAUUUCAUGUUAAUUAGAAUAGAAAACUUUACAAUUUUGACCCAAAUGGAACAUAAAGGUGAAAAUGCAACCUGUCUUUCCAGUGCUACACUAACAUGAUCAUACUGAACAUCAGUUCACAUAUACAGGACCGUGAAAAGAGGUCAUUAAAAGUUUGUAUUUUCUAUAGUUAGGUCAUGAAUACAUCACAUUUAAUGUGACUAUAUAGUGUAGGCUAAGCCAUCUCAACUGUCUUGAGAUGCUCUCUAUACAGUACAUCACACAAAGUGUAAAGUUCAAGUUUAUAUGCCUCAUACUUAUACUUCUUAUCUGCGUUCAUAUCGAAUACAUCAUCUGUUUGUCACGUUUAAUGCAAUCACGCUCAUGUACAAUAUGUAGGCUGUGAAACUAAAAGUUACGCCGAUUAAAUACCUAAUGAUGGAGUGGUGUCUCAGGAGACAUCACUUCAGCAAUGUACAACUGCUUUGUCUGACCUUUGAAUGUUUUGUAGUUAAUUCAAUAGUCACUUAAGUGCACUUUGUGUGUGAAGAGUUUGUGUGGCAUGAGUGAUUAUUCCACCUCAUCAUACAUCCGUUGAGAAGUGCUCUACCCCAUGAUGAUGUAUCAAAAAGCAGCUAAUUUAAGUCCUAGAACAAAAGACACAUACCUAGACGUGUGUGCGUUCGCACAUGUAUACAGUACAGUUUAGAAAAAAACAGGUUAUUGAAGGUUUCUUGGAGAAUUGAGGAUUCUUUGAUUCUUAAAAGGGUUCUGUUGUGGACAUACUCUAUUGUACGGGGUUCUACGUAGAACCUUUAGAGUUUCGUCAGAGGGACAAGCCAAAAAACUAUUUAGCAGGGGUGGACAAAUCAGUAUCCUGGGUGCCUGGGACAAACAGAUUUUAUUUCCAGGCUAGUUAUAGUCACCUGGUGGUCAGAUACAGUAAGUUUAAUAGCCAGGAAAAAAAACAAAAAACAAACAAAAAAAACUUACCCUUGAUUUACUUAGACAAAACAAAAGUUUUUAUUUGCUGAUCAAAGCCAUCAUAUAACUCUCCUGGUAGAUAUCUAGAGAAAAAAAGACGCUACCCAGACUCAAAUAGUAGAUUUUAUGUGCGAUGAGAGGACAGAACAUUAUCUCUCAUAUGAAACAUUGGCCAAUGACUUGCUAAUUUUUUGUUGAGGCCACAAACCUGAUGUGCUACAGUACAUGAUCAUCAACUUUAUUAAUUUCACUUGGUCAUAAUUAAUGAACUUAACUUAAUUAACUUAAUGUUAGCUAAUACUUUUCAACUUGGUCAAAAGACUUUCCAGGCAACCAACAAAAAAAGAUAAAAAAAAUGGUACUGGGCAGCACAUUAGAGAUUUUCUAACCUCUUGGGCUGGCUAAUGAUUUUAUGAUUUGUCCAUCCCUGUUUUAGGAUUCUAAAUACACUGUAAAGCCGGAGAAGUUCAUUUAACUCAAAAAAAAAUUUGCGGAAACUCAAUUACCUCAAAAUUUUUACGUUGAUAAAUCAAUUGCUUUAAGCCAAAUACACUUAAAUAUAACAAAAAUUUUACCAAAACUUGUUAUAUUUAUGUGUAUUUGGCUUAAAGAAAUUGAUUUAUCAAUGUAAAAAUUUUGAAGUUAAUUAGUUUCCUCAAAGUUUUGGAGUUAAAUGAACUUAUCCGGUUUUACAGUGUAGAACCCUUUUUCUUUCUGAGAGUGUAGUGAAACAAACAAACAAAAAAAAUCUUUGGGUAUAGUAGGGUCCAAAAGUCUCAGUCCACUACCAGAAAUUACCCUUAUUGACCCUGUGCGAUGAAGGUUAUUUCUUCAAGUAGGACUUGACUCAAAUGUUCCUGGCUGAGCAGUCCAUAGAUCAAAAUUCCCUCCAAAACACUGAUCAUGAGGUUAUUAUGUGGUGUUUCAUUGAAGGUCAUGAAAAUUGAGCCGAAGUCUCAAUCCAUUUGAAAACACUGAAACUACAGACAGUUACUGAAAUGAGGACUUUGUAGCAUUACCCUGUAAUGCAUACUAGCACAGAUUAAUACGGUAAUUCAAUCGUUUGAAUGAACAAUGGUACUUAAUUGUAUGACCUGAAACGAAAAACUACCUAAUAGAUUUUCUGUCUGGAAGCCAAAUAGCGCUGUCUGUGUGAAAUUUGCAUCUGGCUCAGGAAUUGGUUGAAAUGACAUCAUUCAGGAACAUGACUUAGAACAUGAAUAGAAAGCUGUAAUACAUACAUGGAGGACUGUUUUAACUGACGCACUAGUGGAUGCUAUCUGUUAUGAGAUGGAAACAAUUAACACUUACAAAUUAUAUUUAAUUAGAAGUGGUGAAAAAAACAAGUGGUUAUGUCUGUAUUUUGCAAAAAAAAAAAAAAAAAAACAA